UCUGUUUCUUGUAACCCAAGUGAGGCUCCUCAAACAGUCCAUGAAGAAAAUUUGUCGCCUCUGAUUACAGUCUGUUGGUGAUACUCUACUUCAAGUAUUUUUUUUUUCUUAACUCCAAAGAUUAUUUAAAGUUUUCCAAUGUCUGGCAGAUGUCAAGAUAAAGAUAAAGAUGAACUAGCAGAAGCUGGUCAGAGGGAAAAUCCAGAAAGAACCUUUGACUUAGUAUUGAAAGUGAAAUGUCAUGUCUCUGAAAAUGAAGAUCCGGUGGUAUUGUGGAAAUUCCCAGAGGACUUUGGUGACCAGGAAGUACUACAGAGUGUACCCAAGUUCUGUUUCCCCUUUGACAUUGAAAGAGUAUCUCAAAAUCAAGUUGGACAGCAUUUUACCUUUGUACUGACAGACAUUGAAAGUAAACAGAGAUUUGGAUUCUGCAGACUCACAUCAGGAGGCAAAAUUUGCUUGUGCAUCCUUAGUUACCUGCCAUGGUUUGAAGUAUAUUACAAGCUUCUCAAUACUCUGGCAGAUUACUUGGCUAAGGAACUGGAAAAUGAUUUGAAUGAAACUCUUAAAUCACUCUAUAGCCACCCAGUACCAAAGGCAAACACUCCUGUCAGUUUGAGUGUGAACCAAGAGAUAUUUAUUGCCAGUGAGCAAGUUCUGAAAGAUCAGCCCUUCCUAGUACCGCAUUCCUACUUCAUUGCCCCAGAUGUAACUGGACUCCCAACAAUUCCUGAGAGUAGAAAUCUUACAGAAUAUUUUGUUGCCGUGGAUGUGAAUAACAUGCUGCAGCUGUAUGCCAGCAUGUUACAUGAGAGACGCAUCAUUAUUACCUCUAGCAAAUUAAGCACUUUAACUGCCUGUCUCCAUGGAUCAGCUGCUCUGCUGUACCCCAUGUUCUGGCAACACAUAUACAUCCCAGUGCUUCCUCCGCACCUGCUGGACUACUGCUGUGCUCCAAUGCCAUACCUGAUUGGAAUACACUCCAGCCUCAUAGAGAGAGUGAAAAAUAAAUCAUUGGAGGAUGUGGUUAUGUUAAAUGUUGACACAAACACUUUAGAAUCACCAUUUAAUGACUUGAACAACCUACCGAGUGAUGUGGUCUCGGCCCUGAAAAAUAAACUGAAGAAGCAGUCUACAGCUACGGGUGAUGGAGUAGCUAGGGCCUUUCUUAGGGCACAGGCUGCUUUGUUUGGAUCCUACAGAGAUGCACUGAGAUACAAACCUGGUGAGCCCAUCACGUUCUGUGAGGAGAGUUUUGUAAAGCACCGCUCAAGUCUGAUGAAACAGUUCUUGGAAACUGCAGUUAACCUCCAACUUUUCAAGCAGUUUAUUGAUGGUCGACUGGCAAAACUAAAUGCAGGAAGGGGUUUCUCUGAUGUAUUUGAAGAGGAAAUCACUUCUGGUGGCUUUUGUGGAGGGAACCCAAGGUCAUAUCAACAAUGGGUGCAUACAGUCAAGAAAGGAGGUGCACUGUUUAACACAGCAAUGACCAAAGCAACUCCAGCUGUACGGACAGCAUAUAAAUUUGCAAAAAAUCAUGCAAAGCAGGGGAUAAAGGAAGUGAAGAGUAAGCUAAAACACAAGGAAAAUGAAGAGGAUUAUGGGACCUGUUCUGGUUCUGUACAGUAUACACCAGUUUACACAUCACACAAUGAAAAGGGAGGAAAUACAGAAAAGCGUAAGCUUGCCCAGGCACGCCUAAAAAGACCCCUGAAGAGCCUUGACAGCGCUCUGUAUGACGAUGACUAUGACGAGAGAGCAAGCAAGUUGUCCUCUGAAGAUGGAGAAGAAGCAUCUGCUUAUUUUUAUGAAAGUGAUGACUCCGUUGAAACAAGAGUAAAGACUCCUUACUCAGGCGAAAUGGACCUCCUAGGAGAAAUCUUAGAUACACUGAGCACACACAGCUCAGACCAAGGAAAGCUAGCAGCAGCUAAGAGCUUGGAUUUCUUCAGAUCAAUGGAUGAUAUUGAUUAUAAACCUACGAAUACGUCCAAUGCACCUAGUGAGAAUAACCUGGCCCUGCUUUGCAGUGGUUCUGGUGAUCAAACCGAGUGGCAUCUCGGACAAGACGACAGUGCCCUCCAUGGCAAACACCUUCCUCCCUCUCCCCGGAAGCGGGUUUCCUCCAGCGGCUUGACAGAUUCUCUGUUUAUCCUGAAAGAGGAAAACAAUGAAAAAUACCUCAGUGCUGACAAUGUGAGGGGGCCUGCGGUCAUGGAAAAGGCAGCUUCUGCUUCAGGAUUGACUCUCCGGCUAGCUUCGCCUGAAGUUUCUGAAAAUGAAAAAGCUAAACCAGAAAAGAAAGAAACACUAAGCCAGAUUUCAGACGAUCUGCUUACACCCAGCCUUGGGCGACAUUCAUCUACUUUUGUUCCUUGGGAGAAAGAAGGGAAAGAAGCCAAAGAGACUUCAGGAGAUACUGGACUGCUUCAUGAAGUGGUGUCCUUAUGUCACUUGACAUCUGCCUUCCAGCAAGACUUAAACAUUUCAGAAGAAAACGCAAGUGGAAACCAAGCUUAAAUCAAUGAUUAGGAGUCACUCGCUUGCAUCCAUGCUUCUGUGGAGACAUUUUAGGAUUCCUGGUAAUCUCUGUAGUAAACAGAAUUAUUUGUAAGGAUGACAAUUCUUGGUACUGUCUAAACAUUAUUUUGCAUUUGGAGCAUACAUUUUCUCCACUCAUUCAUCUCGUGAGUAUACAUGAUCAAUUGAUUUUUAAAUGUAACGCUGAUUCUCCUACUGUGCUCUUAAGUCAGGUACUAGUGUGUAUGUAUCAUGGAAGUAUAUGUCAAACAUAUGAUUUCCCAGUAUUUGGUGCUUAAUGCCAUUCAUUUUAUUUAAACUAAUAUGCAUAUAUAACCCUUGCACAUAACAAGUCGCUACUAUACUAAUCUGGUCGAGCAUGAACUGAUCAGGAUAUCAAAACUUAUCAAAACUAGCCUGAAACUGCUGAAACUGUUGACCUACUAACUGCCUUAAUCCUAAGCCUAUAUUUAGCAUACUUUAAUAAUUUAUGGAAUUAUCUGUAAAUUUUGAAGGAUAAGUUAUAAGUGUUCUGCAGAGCAAUAAUGCCUUUUUCUAUUUGUUGCAUCAAGGACAAAAUUCAUUUUUCAAAGUUGAAAAGCUCUCUUGUGGACACUGCAGCCAUGUUUUCCAAAAUGUCUAAAGGUACAUAUUGACCUUUCACUCAGUGAAAUAUAUGAAGUGCUGAAUUACAAUGUGAAAUUAAUGACUUCUGUUUACAAAUGAGACACUUUAAAAUUUUUUCAGUCUCUCUGUAUGCCUUUGCUGUCUAGGAACCCAGCCCCAGAAAGCCAAAUGUAACGCUAACUGUCCUGAUAAAGAAAUGUUCCUGUCUUUUUUUUUUUCUUUUCUUAAGUAGUAAUGCAAAUUGUUUCUUAUCAUCUCAAAUUUACUUUUUUAAAAUAAUUGAACUUAAUAUCUUAAAAGUUUUAGAUCUAGAAAAAUUAGACAGUACAGAGAGUUCCCAUUUUGUCCCUCAUGCAGUUUCCCCCGUGAUUAAUAUUUCACAUUGAGAUGGUACAUUUGCCACAAUUCGUGCACCAGUAUUGAUAGUCCAUGCUUUAUUCAGAUUUCCUUAGUUUUUCCCUGAUGUCUUUUUUCUAUCCUAGAAUCUAAUUCUAGAUACCACAUUACAUCUGGUUGUCAUAUGUCUUUCGAUUCCUCUUGGCUGUGACAUUUUCUCAGACUUUCCUUGUUUCUGAUGACCUUGAUAGGUUUAAAAAGGACUGACCUGCUGGUCGAAUAUAUUAUAGAAUGUCCCUGUUUUAGAAUGGGUCUGCUCUUUUUCUCACAAUUCUACUGUGAUUGUGGGUUUGCAGGAGGAAGAUUACAGAAGUAAAGUGUCAUUUUCAUUAUACCAUAACCAUGGUACAUAAUGUCAGCAUGAUUUGUGAGUGUUAAUGUUGACUUUGAUAACCGAGCUGAGGUGGUGUUUGUCAGGUUUUUCCACUAUACUCUUUUCCCUCCCUUUGUGUGCCCGAGCCUUUGGAAGGAGAUCACUGUGUAUAGCCCACACCUAAGGAGUAGGGCUUUUUGCUUCCUUUCCCUUAGAGUGGAAUAUCUACAUAAAUCAUUUGGAAUUCUUCUACAUAGGAAAUUUGUCUCUUCUCCCUCAAAUUCACUGCUGAACAUUGAAAUUCAUGUCAGAAGGCAUCAUGCAUUGACUGCUUCAGGAUAGGAUAGAUUGACGGGGAAAAUAUCAGGAAAAAAAAACCGUGAUGUUAUGGUUCAUUUGGAAUUUGUAUAUUCACUAUAUAUUCUGUACAUCCCUAGUUGUCAUUUUAGAAAAGGUUUUUGAGAAACCACUCGAGAACCCCAUCAGGACUGUACCCUAAAAUAUUUCCUGGAAGAAUUUAGUUUUCAGGUAAAAGACCCCAGAAGGUGAUUUGUUUAAAAACAUUGCUUAAAAAUGUUUAUCCAGGUCAGUCUUUAAAUAAUUUAAAGAAAAUGACCAAGUUUUUUUCUUUUCUAAGCUACAUUCCAAAACCUAAACAGAUACGUUUUAUUGGGUACAAUUAUUCAUUCAUGUUUGUAAAGAGAAAUCUUGUUUUCCUUAUAAGGAGGGAGUCAGUAUAUACUAAGGAAAAAAGUGUUUAAUCCUUAUUUUAUUAACACAAAAGUAAGACUCAUGGUUCUUGUCAAACUUUGCUUUUAUAUACUCAUUACAAAAUUCCAUUUCACUUUGCCGUAACAUGUAAUAAAAGCAGAUUUAUCAGAAGAGCUGUUUUAAAUGAGAAGGAAAAAGGUCACCCUGGUUGUUAAUCUGCUUGGCAAAUAUUUCUUCGUAAUUUUUUAAAAAAGAAAUCUUUUAAUAUGACUAUUGGAAUGAAGCAUGUUUUCCUUCAGAAUUCAUAGUCUGAAGAAUGAGAUAAUUGUGAGUGUAGCAUAGGUAAAAUUUGCUUAAUAAACACCACGGCCUCAGAAAUGGAGGUUCUUCUAUCAUCUGGUCACCUCAUGAGAUGUUUGACUACAAGACUGUUACUGUGAGGAAAAUUAGCCACUCACAAGUGCAUUUGCAUCAAGGUAUUUUGAACUGGAUCUGUGCCUUAUUUUAACAUGCAAAAUCAGCUUUUAUAUUCUGUUGAAAAACAAAAGCAAAAACAAAAGCUCUACAUGUUCUUCUUGGAAAAAAUCCAGAAGGCUACUAUCCAAGAGACUACUACUCCAAAAGUAUUAGUAUUUCAAAUCAUUAAUAUUUUGAGUGUUCAAUCUGCUCUUAAGCUAGACUUCCCAGUAUUAUGGUGGAUAUAAGGAGAAUGAAGUGAAAUUAAGGUGAAUUCUGAAAAAGGUAUUAUUUUAUUUUUUCCUAUGUUCAUAUUUUCUAUUAUAUCAAAAUGAAGUAUUUGUAAACCCCUCUGCUGUUUGGAUUUGUUUUUCAAAGAAGCUUUACCUGUUCUUCCAGAGUUGUAUAAAUGAGUAAGUCUUUGGCUUUCAUGCAUAGUCUUUUAUGAUUAGAAUCAUUUAAAUGAUUCUCCCUGAAUCCCAGUCUAGGUUUUACUUUUUUUGUCCUUAAAUAUUGCAUCUGGGAUAUUUUGGGGGGAGGGAUAGAAAAGUCACGUGUGAAUUUAGGAGCUAUUGUUUUGUUAGGUCAGUGUGUUGUUAAGUGGCAAAUCUUGAUGGUUACCUACUUUAGCAUAUUUUAGGGAAGCACCAAAACAUAGCAGGAUGAUUUUUCUAUUAAUAACUCAUCACACUUGGGAAAUAUUUAUCGACUCUUUGUACUGGUCAUAUGCAAGGUACAGGAACUGGGGCUACAAGGAAAUAAAAUAAUAACUUGGUCCCUGCUUUGAAGGAACCAAUUAAAAGGAAAAGAAGUGACAAAUCUCUGUUAAUAAUAAUAAUAUAUUUUGUUCAGAAGUUAUUAGCCCAAGAUUCUAACACCAAAAUUAGAAAAAGUCCUUUAAAGCUGCUGAAUCUAAAACAUGCUUUAAGUGUAGAACCACGGUACCACUUCUAAUUUCAUUAACUUUCCUUAUUACUUUAAGAAAGUAUAAUAAUGCUGCUAUUGAAGAUACCUACUUUUAAAGGACAGACUUUGAAGCUCUUAGAAACGAAGUGUCCUUGUUUCUCUGAUUCUCUCUCUGUCCCCACUCUGCUCAAUCUUUUGACCAGGCAACACAGGGCUCUAGAACGGAAUGAUGCUCCUUCACGAGACUCAGGCCACUUCACUUACUUUAGGAUUAACUGAGGGUGUGGGUGCAUGUUGAUGGAAACUAGUUUUUACUGUCUUUAUCUUGAUAAUAGCAUUCUCUAGAAACAGCCGCCCCCCUGCUCCCUGCCCCCCACCCCGUCCCCACCUUUUCAAUUAAAAGUGUAUGUAACAGUGCUGUUGUUUGGAUUCUGUACUAAUAUCCUUAUAAGAGGAUUCAGGAAUGUUCAUGAAUUAGUUGUUUCUUAAAUAAUCUGAGGAGUCCUGAUCAAGAGGAGAAAACUGUGAAUAUUCUCAUAAUCAGCAGCAGACCUUCCUUCUCAUCUAGACAAUCUGGAUUUUCAGGAAAAAAUUAUUUUCAUCAAUAAUUUUCUAGUGCAAAUACCAUUUUGUUUAGCAUAAAAGACCCCGACUCUGGGUAGAUAUUUGUAAGUCAGAACACAAAUUUCAGAAAGUGGAAUGAAUACCCAAAUCUAAUUCCCCAAAGCACUUCUUCAUCCUAGGAAAUAGCUUUCACAGAUUCUGUGUGAGGACUCCCAUCUUCCCUGAUACUUUGUGUCUGUUUCUUAAAGCUUACUUAAGAGGCAGAAUUGUUUUGAGCAAACUGGCUAUUAACAUUUUUAUUUGGUCAUGAUAUAGCAAAUCAUGUGUAUUUAGAAAGAAGCCUAUUUAAUUUUGAAAAUAAUAGGAUUUUGUGCAAUAUUUUUCCUGCAUAAUUUAGUUCCUAUAAAUUUGCACAUCUGCUUUUCUAGCAGAUGCCUUAAGGUCAUGUUUUUCAGUAUUUGUGUAAAGCUGUAUGUAGCAAUGUUCUGUGUGAUCUUAGAAAAUUCUUUAUAUUGUUCGCAGGAGAAAUGUUUUUGUUUAUUUAAAAUAAUUAUGGAUAUUGCAUUAUUGUAUUAUAACUAACUGCCUCAGCAACAGUAAAUAUGCAAUAAGAAAAUCCCGAACCUUUGGUUAGUAUUGACAAUACUAUUACUUUAAAAGAAAUGUAUAUAGUGCAAAAUGCUGAUUCUACAUGUGUACAUUUAACAAACAUUCAGUUCUGUACCACAUAAAUCUAAAUGGCAUUUGUAUGGUCAUGACCACAUACAUAGAUUGUAAUAUCCUUUGUGAUGACUCUUUGGUAAGAUUUAUAAAGGGCAUUGCCAAUACUUCUUGACUGUCUAUAAAUUAAGUUAAUUUUUGUAUAAUGUACAGUUUGUUUAACCUUAGAGCUUCUAUAGAUUUCUACUUUUAUUGUACUUGAAUGAGGCAGAAAAGCACUGUGGAAAAUCUGUAGCUCUCGAUGCGAUAUGCAAACAUACCAAAAAUUAAACAAGGUACUGAGCAGCAGCAGUGUCAGCUGAAGGUUUCUAUUCAGAAAGCUCUGUUUUCUUCAAAAUGUACUUCAGUUAAGUAAUUUAAAAUACACAGUCUUUUAUCUUAAAAAAGGUUGCAUAGUCACAAAUGAUUACCUCUUUGAUGUGAGAAACCUCUAGGUAUCUUUUUGUCUCCGUGUUAUUUCACCUCCCAGAUGAGAGCCUUAAUGAGGUACCUUAACGAAUCCGCCCUCUGGUUGGUUCUGUGAUGUUUAGGACAGGACAGAACUGGAACUCUGUGCCUGUUAGUAAAUGGCCCAAGUAUCCCGUCACCAUCCCUCGGGCAGUGCAACUUCCGCGUGCUCAUUUUGAAAAUGAUCCUAUACCAAAAACGAGAUUGCUUCAGUCUGUCCUGGUGUAGUGCUUACAACAGUGCCUAGAACAGCAAACAAGUGUGAACUGCAUGAAGUCUGCAACUUAAUGUGCAUUAAGUCUUCUUUAUAUCAAAAGGUACGUGGGAGGUUAAAAUGGAAUUUUCCCAAAGGUUGUUUCUUUUGCUUUAAAUGAGUAACUGUUUAAGAGGACUAAAAGUCUUGAGCUUUUUGCCAGACAUGGUGACAGAUACCUGUUAAAAAACCUACCCAGCAUUGAGAUUUGUUUCACUGUUCUCGCAUCCUUGAGGCUACAGUAUAAAUCAUCUCGAAAGCUGACUACUAUUGGGAGGACAUUGUGCAUCGAAGUAUUGUUUGGGGAAUUUUUUGAAAAAUAUGCAAACAUAAAUCUUGGAUGAACUCCAUACUACCAUAAAGUGCCCAACAAUGCAGUUACGAAAUAAAAUUGGUCAUAAUGAAA